AUGGAAACUCAGCUGCGAUCAGAGCAAAUGAAGACAGCUGCAUCAGCUCUCUGCAAAAUCCCACUCCUCUUUCUGCUUCUGUACUUCUUCGUGUGCUCCCUUGACGUAUUAAGCUCUGCCUUUCAACUAGCUGGUGGCAGGGUAGCAGGAGAUAUCUUCCAGGAAAAUGCCAUCCUGUCUAACCCAGUGGCAGGGCUGGUGGUGGGGAUACUGGUGACAGUGUUAGUCCAAAGCUCCUCCACCUCUACAUCCAUCAUAGUCAGCCUUGUCUCUUCGGGUUUGUUGGAUGUUCAGUCAGCCAUUCCUAUCAUCAUGGGCUCCAACAUUGGAACAUCAGUCACCAAUACCAUCGUUGCUCUAAUGCAGGCUGGGGAAAGAGAGGAGUUUGAAAAGGCUUUUGCUGGAGCGACAGUCCAUGACUGUUUUAACUGGUUGUCAGUUUUGGUGCUUCUCCCUCUGGAAGCUGUGAGUGGUCUGCUGAGGCAUCUGUCACAGGCCAUGGUUGACGGACUACAGCUCAGUACCGGAGACGAAGCUCCUGAACUUCUUAAAGUCCUCACAGAGCCACUUACUAAACUGAUUAUCCAGCUGGAUCGAUCAGUAAUUACAGCCAUCGCUACGGGAGACCAGAACAUGAGGAACAAAAGUCUGGUGAAGCAGUGGUGUGAAACCACAUCUGUGGAGGACAAUGAAACAUCCUGGGGAACACACAACCUUUCAGAACAUACACAGAAAUGCAGGCAUCUCUUUGUGGAUUGCUCUCUGUCAGACUUGGCUAUAGGUCUGAUCCUCCUGGCUUGCUCCCUGUUGGUGCUGUGCAGCUGUCUGAUACUACUGGUUAAACGGCUCAACUCCCUGCUGAAGGGCCAGGUGGCCGGUGCUAUUAACAAAGUUAUUAACACAGAUUUCCCUUACCCUUUUACCUGGCUGGCAGGUUAUCUGGCUCUACUAGUGGGAGCAGGCAUGACCUUUUUGGUUCAGAGUAGCUCUGUCUUCACCUCUGCCAUCACUCCUCUCAUAGGGAUUGGUGUAAUCAGUAUUGAAAGGGCCUAUCCUUUAACCCUGGGGUCCAAUCUCGGAACCACAACAACAGCUACACUAGCAGCCCUGGCCAGUCCAGGAGAUAAGCUAGCAGCUGCGACACAGGUUGCUCUAUGCCACUUUUUCUUUAACCUCCUUGGUAUCCUGCUGUGGUAUCCCAUACCAGCCAGCCGCUUACCCAUCCGUAUGGCCUGUGCCCUUGGCAACUGCACUGCCAGGUACCGCUGGUUUGCUGUUUUGUACCUCCUCCUCUGCUUUCUCUUACUCCCAUCCCUCGUGUUUGCCCUCUCCAUGGCUGGCUGGAAGGUGAUGACUGGGAUUGGAGUGCCAGUCAUUGUGGUGAUUGUAUCUGUUGCAACAGUAAACAUGGUCCAGGCACGCAGACCUGAGUGUUUGCCACAUACACUGCAAAACUGGGACUUCCUCCCUGUUUGGAUGACCUCACUCCAACCCCUGGAUAACCUCAUCACCAGGAUGACCCUGUGGUGCAGGCAAAUGAGAGGUUGGAGUUGUAAGGGAAAUGAUGGUCCAGUAACAUCACUGGAGGCCGUCACUGUCAACUCUGGGAGAAAAACAAGAGAGGAACGGAAGCAGAACGGGGAAGAACAAGAGACUGAUGAGAGCUGGCAGAAGCAAAGAGGACUCAGCAAACCUGGAUGUUGUGAUCUACAACAUAAUGAGGAAAACAACAGAGACAACACAACAAACAGCAUGUCUUCAGAGAACAUUUGUAGUAUGGGUGCAGUGUGGUCCAUCAAGGACAUCACAAGCUCCAACAAUCAGGGCACUCAACUGACCAGCACUCACCUGUAG